AUGACUUCCACUGGCAUGUUGCAAGUUCCCGAAGUUUUCGUGAUUGGAGCUGGCGUGAUUGGUCUCUCUGCUGCCAUUCGUGCGCUUGAAGCUGGCUAUAAGGUCACUAUCUUCGCGGAAGUGUUUCCUGCGAUAGAUGCUCGAAGCGUCAAGUCCCCAGGAUCUCUCAUGGCGGAAUUAGAGCGAGAGACACUCGACGUGUUUCUGGACCUUGUAGAGCAAGAUCCGAAUGUCCCUGUAAUGGUUCGACCGCAUUUCAGGUUCAUCGAGACUGCAAGUAUGCGAACCGACGCUGCUAUCGAGCGAAGAAUCCACCUCGCCAACUUUUACCCAGACUAUCGUAUUCUCGAGGAGAAUGAAAUCCCUAAAGGAAUGUCUGGAGGAGAAACCAACGCAACAGUCUGUGUCGAUGUGCCGAAAUAUCUUCCUUAUUUGAUGGAACUCUUCUUCGCGUUGGGAGGUUAUGCUUUCAGGACCAAAUCGCCUCUUUCAUCGCUUUCAAGUCUCCUCACCGGAAAGCAUCCGGAACUGGAGCAGAUUCGCGAAGACGGAUCUUCUACGAGCCAAUUCACGACCACACCGACUCUGACGCCUGGGGCCUUGGUAAAUUGCACUGGGCUCGGCGCAAGGCACCUUGAAGACGUUCUGGACACACAGGUGCAUCCUAUUCGAGGAGAAACACUGAUCAUACGUGCACCAUGGGUCAACCCAAGCAUCACCUUCCACUUCAACAACUCGGAGAUAUCAUACAUUAUUCCAAGACAAAGCGGGGACGUCGUGGUUGGGGGAACGUUCCAGGUCGGUGAUAUGCACCCGGUAAAUAGACCAGAUACAGUCAGAGCCAUUAAGGAAAGGAUUGUACAAGCAUAUCCAGAAAUUUUGCACCCGGAGAAGCGGCAGCACGGGGGCAUCAACGACUUGGAGGUGAUUGCAGAGUGCGUGGGCUUCAGACCAGCAAGAACAGGGAGCGUUAGGUUGGAAACCGAUGAAAUUGAUGUCGAUGGUCGGCGAGUACCCGUCAUCCACAACUACGGCCAUGGCGGAGGCGGAUAUCAAUCGUCGUGGGGGUCGGCCCGGCAUGCCGUAGAGUUGCUUAAACAAGUUUCUCCUUUGUAG